AUGGACACACCUCCACAUUGUGUCGCAGAAAAGCCGCUCAAGCACUCAGAGGCCAACGCGCAUCUAAAGCUGGGAGUAAAGAAGGCCAGGACCGUCAAAGGACUCGACGACUACCUCGCUAAGAUCAAGAUGUCGCUUCCAGACUGGAAGGGUCUGCUAAAAUGGACGCUAAAGCACGUCCCAGAGAAUUCCACAGGCAAUACGAGACCCAUUGCCAAGGAGGACGUGGAGUUCCUGCAAAAGGCCAUGGAAAGCGUACACGAUCACGACGAUAAGGUGAAACGUGCUGCGCAGCUCAUCCAGCAGUCGUCCGUGGGUGGUGCGGAAUAUGAUGUAUCGCAACUGCUGGACGCCUUCGACACCAUGGAGCAGUACUACGAGGAGCACCCAGGAAACGCGUCGUCAGCUCACCGGACAGGCGUGCUCGCCGCAGUGAUCGAGCACCUCGGCAAGGGCGACCGCAACAUACUGCCGGCGGCGCUAUCGGUAGGAUGGAGAGCUAGGUGUGAUUAUGGUGACGCAGCUACUAACGACUACGCUAUCAAACAACAACAAGGUGCAAGUGGAAGCGGCGAAGGGCCCGCUGCUGAACUACCUGCUGAAUCUGCGGGUGCAGGUUACCGGCACCCCGCUCGAGCCGAAGCUGAUAACAGCCAUGGCAGCUGCCGUAAGGCACUGCGCCAUGGCCGAGGAGCGGUUCGUCCGAAUUGGGGGCCUGAUGUACGUAAGCCAUUGCACCGCAAGCAGUAA